CGACACCAAGUCGACAAACUCCAUCGCAUCUCUCACUUUCGCUCUACACACUCCACGAUGAGCGAGCAGCAGCCCCUCCUCCCCUCGGCUGCGACGACGACGCCUGCCACGACCUCGUCGUUGCGCAAACGGCGUAUCAUCACGGUCGUCGCGCCGCUCGUGCUCGUCGCCGCCACCGUCUUUGUCGUCCUCUUCGGCGAGCGGCGGCCCAAGGAGCCGCUCGCACUGGCAAACUACUACCUGAAGACCUCGCCCGUGAUCGACGGACACAUUGACCUGCCGAUCCUCGCGCGCUCCCUCGUCGGCAACGACAUCAACAAGCUCGACCUGCGCUCCCGCGCCCCGGGGCACGUCGACAUCCCGCGUAUCCGUGAAGGCCAGCUCGGCGGCUUCUUCUGGUCCGUGUACACCGACUGCCAUGCCGAGCAGGAUGGCCCCGACUUCCUCAACCCGUCGUACCAUGUGCGCGACACGCUUGAGCAGAUCGACGUCGCCCUCAACCUUAUCGACAAGUACGACGACACGUUCCGCUUCGUCAAGACGGCCGACGAAGCCGUCGCGGCUAUCAAGGCUGGCCGCGUCGCUUCGUUCCUCGGUAUCGAGGGCGCGCACCAGCUCGGCAACUCGCUCGCCGUCCUCCGCCAGUACUACACCCUCGGCGUGCGCUAUGCCACGCUGACGCACUCGUGCAACAACGCGUUUGCCGACUCGGGUGGCUUCAUCACCCCCGUUAACGAGACCUGGGGCGGGCUGUCGACCUUUGGCCAAGACCUUAUCAAGGAGAUGAACCGCCUCGGCAUGCUCAUCGACCUCAGCCACGUGUCUGACAAGACGGCCGAGCAGGCCAUUGAGCUGUCGCGCGCGCCUGUGAUGUGGAGCCACUCGGCUGCGCGCGGGCUUAACAACAUCUCGCGCAACGUGCCCGACGAGCUGCUCUCCAAGAUUGGCCAGGGUCGCAAGCAGCUCGACGGCGUGGUCAUGGUCAACUUCUACCCUGCAUUCGCGUCCAAGACCCCCGCCGAGGUGGACGUCGCAUACAUUGCAGACGAGAUCGAGUACAUUGCGGGCAAGACUGGCCGUGCACACGUCGGCAUCGGCUCGGACUACGACGGCAUCGAGUCGGUCCCCAAGGGCCUCGAGGACGUCUCCAAGUACCCCCACCUCUUUGCCGAGCUCAUCCGCCGCGGCUGGUCAAAGCACGAUCUUGCGGGCCUUGCGGGCGGCAACAUCAUCCGAGUCCUCCGCGGUGCAGAGGAGGUCGCGCACAAGCUCCGCAAGCGCGCCCCGAGCAUGGCAAAGUACUCGAAGCGCCACGAUCUCGACCCACGCCCCCUCCCUUAGACGGAGCUCUGAUAGAACUAGAGCGUAGAGUGGAAGAAGAAGAAGAAGGUGUUAAUGGGCCUUGCGGUUCUUGACUCUUGCA